GUCAACGUCAUCUGCACAGCAAUAUCCAGGAAGUGAGGAGUCGCUUGUUGUUAUUGUUCAACUGAUAGCUAGCUAGCUGGCUAGUUAACACUUUUUUGUUGUUGUUCAUUUUCGUGGUUCGAAAAUGGCGACUUUUAUUUCUGUCCCGUUAAAGAAGUCGUCUGAAGUAGAUCUAGUUAAACCACUUUCGAAAUUCGUCACGGCGACAUACCCAGCGGGUGAGGAGCAAGCGGAGUACAUCCGAUCCGUGGAGGAGUUGAACAAGCUGCGCAAGAAUGCUCUGGGGAGGCCGCUCGACAAACACGAAAGCUCACUGGAAAUCCUCCUGAGGUACUAUGACCAGCUGUGUGCUGUGGAGCCCAAGUUCCCCUUCUCUGAAAACCAGCUGUGUUUAACCUUCACAUGGAAAGAUGCCUUUGAUAAAGGCUCGCUGUUCGGUGGCUCAGUCAAACUAGCCCUGGCCAGUCUGGGAUAUGAGAAGACCUGUGUGUUGUUCAACGGAGCAGCGUUGGCGAGUCAGAUCGCUUCAGAACAGAACCUGGACAGCGACGAAGGACUGAAGGCUGCAGCCAAAUACUACCAGUUGGCGAGUGGAGCAUUUGGUCACAUUAAGGACACAGUGCUGUCAGCUCUGAACAGAGAACCUACUAUGGACGUCUCUCCUGAGACUGUAGGAACCCUCAGUCUCAUCAUGCUGGCCCAGGCACAGGAGGUCUUCUUCCUGAAGGCUACGUCAGAUAAGAUGAAGGACGCCAUCAUCGCUAAACUGGCGAAUCAGACGGCAGAUUUCUACGGUGACGCUUUCAAGCAGUGCCAGUACAAAGAGAACCUGCCCAAGUAUUUUUAUUUCCAGGAGGUGUUGCCGGUGCUGGCAGCUAAACACUGCAUCAUGCAGGCCAACGCUGAACUGCACCAGUCUCUCCUCGCCAAGCAGAAGAAACGCUUUGGAGAGGAGAUCGCUCGCCUGCAGCACGCUACAGAGCUGGUGAAGACUGUCGCGUCUCGCUAUGAUGAGUACGUCAGUGUGAAGGACUUGAGUGAUAAGAUCAGCCGUGCUCUGACCGCCGCCAAGAAGGACAACGACUUCAUCUACCACGACCGCGUCCCUGAGGUCAAAGACCUGGAACACAUCGGCAAGGCAGCGCUGGUCAAGGCUACCGCCAUCACGCCUCCGCUCAGCGCCAAGUUCACUGACUUGUUUGAGAAGAUGGUGCCCAUGGCUGUGCAGCAGAGUAUGAGUGUGUACAGCCAGAGGAAGGCUGAGACCGUCAACAGACUGGUGGGAACCAUGAGAGAAGCUACCAACCUCUGUAACGGUGUCCUGGCGUCUCUGAACCUGCCUGCGGCUCUGGAGGACUUGUCUGGAGAUUCUAUCCCACAAUCCAUUGUUGAGAAGGCCCGUGCCAUCGUCCAGCAAGGGGGGCUGCAGAGCAUAGAGCAACUGAUCAGAGAUCUGCCUGAACUACUGACACGAAACAGAGAGAUACUGGACGAGUCUCUGAAGAUGCUGAGUGAUGAGGAGUCAACAGACAGUGAGCUGAGAUCCAAGUUCAGCCAACGCUGGAACAGAACUCCCUCUGGGGACCUCUAUAAACCACUCAGAGCAGAGGGGGGUAACUUCCGCAGUGUGCUGGACAAGGCAGUGCAGGCGGACCAGGUGGUCAAGGAGCGUUAUAAUACACACUGUGAGAUGAUCGCUCUGCUCUGUAAACCUGAGGCUGAACUCACUGCUGCCAUACCAUCAGCCAAUCCUGUGAAGACACUGCAGGGCAGCGAGGUGGUGAGUGUGUUGCGUUCCCAGCUGGCCCGGCUAGAGGAAGUGAAGAAGGAGAGGGAGAGGUUGGAGGCAGAGAUUAAGGGGGUGACCUUUGACAUGUCCUCCAGCUUCCUGACGGCUCUGGCUCAGGACGGGGCCAUCAAUGAGGAGGCACUGUCAAUGAGCCAACUGGACCAAUCAUACGGCAGCUACAGCCAGAGGGUUCAGGCCAGCCUCCGCUCUCAGGAAGAGCUGCUGGGCAAAGUGCAGACGUCCCACCAGGAGUUCUCCAAGCUGAAGCAGUCCAACUCGGAGGCUAAUGAUCGUGAGGAGGUGUUGAAGAAGCUGGCCUCAGCCCACGACAGCUACGUAGAGAUCACCAGCAACCUCAAAGAGGGCACCAAGUUCUACAACGACCUCACAGAGAUCCUGCUGAAGUUCCAGAACAAGUGCAGUGACAUCGUCUUCGCCCGCAAGACCGAACGGGACGAACUGCUCAAGGACUUGCAGCAGAGCAUCGCCAGGGAGCCCAGCGCCCCGUCCUUUAAUGUCCCCGCCUACCAGACUAACCCUGCUCCCACUGCCGCCGACCCAACCCCUGCUCCCAGGACUGUCUUUCAGCCUCAGCAGCCCCAGGUGAAGGCCCAGCCGCCCCAGCGGCCCCCUCCCCCUGCCUUCACCCCCCAGGCUGCCUCCGCACCAGACAACCAGCCUCAACCAGGAAACCCCCCACCCAUGGCCCCUCCCUCACAGGCACAGGGACCGCCUUACCCCACCUACCAGGGAUACCCAGGGUAUGCAUACCAGAUGCCUAUGGGUUAUAAUCCGUAUGCAGCGUACGGCCAGUACAACAUGCCCCCCGCUAUGCAGCCCAACAUGCAGCCCUACGUCCCCUAUCAGCAGGCCCCAGCACCCGGACAGGGGGGCUUCCCCGGGGGCCCCCCCACACAGCAGCACCCCUACCCCUACCAACAGCAGCCCCAGCACCCACCACAUCAACCAUACUACCCACAACAAUAACUACUGUGUAAACUCUAUCAUUCCCUCUCUUCCCCCUUUUCAUCCCUCCCCUCUGCUAUCCAUCCUCCAACUGACAGCAGAAACCGUGAUUCUACCCUCUGCAAUAAAUUCUCUCUCUCCCUCCCGCUUUCCCUCCUUCCCUCCCUCCCUACUCUAACCUUAAUCUAUCCCACCACCCUUGUUUUAAUUAGUUUUUCAUAUCAUUUUUCUAAUUAUUGCGUUGAUUCCUUAUUUAAUUCCUAACUUCUCGUCCUGGUCUAACUGGCUUCCUGGUAUGGGCUGGGCCUCUUUAGAACACUAAAAAAUAAAACACAACAUUUUAUUGUCACAUACCCCCGGACAUGUGCAGUGACGUGGUGUUUUGCAGGGUCAGUCAUAGUAGUACGACACCCCUGGAGCAAAUGAGGGUUAAGUGCCUUGCUCAAGGAUACAUUUUCACUGCUAGCUUUCGGUUACUGGCCCAACGCUCUGAGGAGCCUCACUGCAUUCUGGGAUGAGGGGGCGUAGUCUAUAGGCAUGAUUCCUUAUUUGGGAGCGGAUGGAUGGUCCCAUACAAUGUCACUGAUUGAGGGACCGAAGGUUGUGUUCAGUAGUGCGAAUGUACGACUUGAACAAAGGUUCCUUAUCUGUUAUCAAACCGUUUUGCUACUGAAUAUGACCCAGCUCUGAUCACCCAGCUAAUUCCCUGGCGCUUCUAUUACAACUAUAUCCUAGUUUUCUAAUGAAUAAUACUGAUGUACUGAUCCAAUGGAAACGGCCUGUAGGUUUUCUCAUUUAGUUGAGGACCGUUGGAGAUGCAUUCUCUCCUACAAUCAGAGUACGGCUGUAGAUGUUUUUCUGGGAUAAAGAUGAUUAGAUACAGUGCCUUCAGAAAGUAUUCACACCCCUUGACUUUUCCCUAAUUUUGUUACAGCCUGAAUUUAAAAUUAAUUAUAUUUAGUUUUUUGUCACUGGCCCCCUCGAAGUGGAAUCAUGUCUUUUUUUUUUUUUUUUUAUACAUUAAAAUGCAAAUGAAUUAAAAAUGAAAAGUUGUAUUGAGUCAGUAUGUAUUCAAACCCUUUAUGUCAAGCUAAAAUAAGUUGCAUGGAAUCACUCUGUGUGCAGUAAGCGUUUUAACAUGAUUGUUGAAUGACUACCUCAUCUCCGUACCCCAAACAGGUUAAAGUCCCUCAGUCGAGCAGAGAAUGUCAAACACUGAUUCAACCACAAAGACCAAGGAAGUUUUACAAUGCUUCGCAAAGAAAGGCACCUAUUGGUAGAUGGGUAAAAAGCAAAAAAAAGCAGACAUUGAAUAUCCCUUUUGAGCAUAGUGAAGUUAUUAAUUAAACUUUGGAUGGUGUAUCAAUACACCCAGUCACUACAAAGAUAUGUCCUUCCUAACUCAGUUGCUCGAGAGGAAGGAAACUGCUCAGGGAUUUCACCAUGAGGCCAAUGGUGAAUUCAAAGUGUUAUGUUUGGGACAAAUUCAAUACAGAACAUUACUGAGUACCACUAUCCAUAUUUUGAAGCAGAGGGGUGGCUGCAUCAUGUUAUGGGUAUGCAUGUAAUCAUGAAAGAAGUGGGGAGUUUUCAGGAUAAAUAAAUUAACAGAAUGGCUCUAAGCACAGGUAAACUCCUAGAGGAAAACCUGGUUCAGUUUGCUUUCCACCAGACACUGGGAGAUGAAUUCACUUUUCAGCAGGACAAUAACCUAAAACACAACAAAUUUACACGAGUGAAUUACCAAGACAGUGCAUGUUCCUGAGUGGCCGAAUUACAGUUUUGACAUGAAUCUACUUGAAAACCUACGGCAAGACCUGAAAAUGGUUGUCUAUCAUUGCUCAACAACCAAUUUGACAGAGCUUGAAUCAUUUUUAAAUGAAUAAUGGGCAAAUGUUACACAAUCCAAGUGUGGAAGUGCAUAGACUUACCCAGAAAGACUCACCGCUGUCGUCACUGCCGAUGGUGCUUAUACAAAGUAUUGACUCGGGUGUGAAUACUUAUGUAAAUGAGAUAUUUCAUUUUCAAUAAAAUUAGCAAAAAUGUCUAAAAACAUGUUUUCACUUUGUCAUGAUGGGGUAUUGUGAUGUCAUGAUGGAGUAUUGUGAUGUCAUGAUGGGGUAUUGUGAUGUCAUGAUGGAGUAUUGUGAUGUCAUGAUGGAGUGAGAGGAAAAAUCCAUGUGAUCCAUUUUGAAUUCAGGCUGUUAAACAAAAUGUGGAAUAAGUCAAGGGCUGUGAAUGCUUAGUGAAGGCUCUGUAUAUAUAUAUAUAAGAGUGUAUGUGGUUAACCAAACAACAGACUGUUUCUCAUUCGCUCUGUGGUUCUAAUGUGAUUAAACACCUCUGGAUACCAUACCAGA